ACAGGUGUGGCCCUGGGGUGUGUCCCUGGGGUGGUGCUGCAGCUCCUCCCGUUUGGUGACGCUCGUGGAGAGCUGUGUAGGAGCCCCAGCCAGGCAGGAUUUGUACGAGGCUCAAACAGCCGACGCUCAGCUGGUCCCAGUCCCAGAGAGCCUGGGACAGGUGGCUUGUCCCCGUGGUCCCUGGUUUGGGCUGUGGCAGGAAGCCCCUGGCUCUGAUUCUCCAGAGCAGAUCCUCCUGGGUGGGCUCAGCUGACCCGCGAGGGGCUUUGCGGAGGAGCAGAGCUUUCGGACCAUUCAGCUCAGGUGGAGGCAGCGACCAUCCCAGGCUCUUCCUGGCAGUGUCCCCGGCUUUCUCUUCUCGUCUGUUCUGCUGUUCACUUCUGUUAGACCCCAGACACGGUCUCUGCUCUGUGUGUGGAGCUCUCAGUGUUGUCUGCUCUGUUCUGGCUGUGUGUCCAGGGAGGGGAUUGGGGGCUGGAUUCGGGUCCCAAGUCUACUGGGCCGCUUGCUCCCAGGUGUGGGGAUACUUAGCUGAGGAACUGAAGGCAGGAAUUUUCUCUUCUCUGGCAUAAACCUCUCAUCUGCCUCAUCCCAGGCUGUCCCUGUUCCCUGUUGGGCUCUGCUUCUCUCCUGGAAGUUAGUCCUUCCAGGAUCAGCUUCUUCGGGGGAGGGUCUGACAAGAGGUGUCCGUCUUUCCCCAGGCAGUCACUGUAAACUCUUGGUUUUGGAUGGAUUGUUGUUACCUAGAGCUGCUUCUGGAAUCUCUGAAUUCCUCUUUCCCUGAGUGUCGGGGCUGGGGGAAGCUGUGUGGGCGGUUGUUGGAGUGGGACGGGGGUGCCUGUGAGGGCAGCCUGGGUUUGUGCAGGACCUCUGGGCACCUGCCUCCCACUGCCCUUCCUCCUUGGUGGCCGUGGGGCUGCCAGGAGCCCCCUCCCUGUGGCCUCUGGCAUGUUUAGGGGGUCCCCAGGACCCGAAGGCUGGUGCUAUUCCUCUCUGAGCCCCCGUGGGAGCGAGAGCAGCCAACCCCUUCCGUGCCCCCUCGGCUCCCACACUCUGACAGCUCUGCUCUCACACUGGUUCGGGUGGGGCUGUUUGUAGGUUCUUUUUUUUCUUAUUUUUUUUUAUUUUUAUUUUUUUUUACUUUUUUUUUCCUUACUUUUUUUUUUAUCUUUUUUGCUACAACGAAAAGCGAAACUGUUUUUUUUUUUCUUUUCUGAGCUAGUGUGUUGUAUCUUGACAUGUUCCCUUGCAAUAUCCCUAUCGUUAUAUAUUCCUCUGUGCCGUAUGAAUUGGCUGGGAAUCUCCUCCUGCAACCCCUCCUCAAACAACCAUGUGAAUUUCCAAACCAACCAAUGCGUGACGCUGGCUGCUGCGCUGGUUUGAAAAUCUGAUUGGUGAAUGAUGAAUUCCCUGUCUGCCUGGGCCAGCAGCGGAGUCGACAGAGCAGCAGAAGGGCCAAGAGUGUGGAGGACGACGACGAGGGGCAUCUGAUCUAUCGCGUCGGCGACUGGCUACAAGAAAGAUAUGAGAUUAUCAGCACGCUGGGGGAAGGCACCUUCGGCAGAGUGGUGCAGUGCAUGGAUCACCGGAGGGGUGGUGCACGUGUUGCUCUCAAAAUCAUUAAAAACGUAGAGAAAUACAAAGAGGCUGCUCGGCUGGAAAUCAACGUGCUGGAGAAAAUCAACGAGAAGGAUCCCGAGAACACAAAUCUCUGUGUCAGGAUGUUUGACUGGUUUGACUACCAUGGCCACAUGUGCAUCUCCUUUGAGCUGCUGGGGCUCAGCACCUUUGACUUCCUGAAGGACAACAACUACCUGCCUUACCCCAUCCACCAAGUACGGCACAUGGCCUUCCAGGUGUGCCAGGCUGUGAAGUUUCUGCACGACAAUAAACUCACCCACACCGACCUCAAGCCGGAGAACAUCCUCUUUGUGAACUCGGACUAUGAGCUCUCCUACAACCUGGAAAAGAAGCGGGACGAGCGGAGCGUGAAGAGCACGGCCAUCAGGGUGGUGGACUUUGGCAGCGCCACGUUUGACCACGAGCACCACAGCACCAUUGUCUCCACCAGGCACUACCGGGCCCCUGAAGUCAUCCUGGAGCUUGGCUGGAGCCAGCCCUGUGAUGUGUGGAGCAUUGGCUGCAUCAUCUUUGAGUAUUAUGUGGGUUUCACCCUGUUCCAGACACACGACAACAGGGAGCACCUGGCCAUGAUGGAGAGGAUCCUGGGGCCAAUUCCUUCUCGGAUGGUCAGGAAGACGAGGAAACAGAAGUAUUUCUACCACGGGCGCCUGGACUGGGACGAGAACACCUCGGCCGGACGCUACGUCCGGGAGAACUGCAAACCCCUGCGGCGCUACCUGACGUCGGAGGCCGAGGACCACCACCGCCUGUUCGACCUCAUCGAGAGCAUGCUGGAGUACGAGCCGUCCAAGCGGGUCACCCUGGCCGAGGCCCUCAAACACCCCUUCUUCGACCUGCUGGGCAUGGAGCCCAGCACAAAACUGUGGGACUCGAGCCGGGACAUCAGCCGGUGACGCCGCCGGUGCCAGCCAGCCUUUGCAUUCUAGCCCCCGUGGAGGCCCCCCGUGACUUCUUAUCCAGACACUUGGUGCUUUUUUUUUUUCUUUUUUUUUUAUAUAUAUACAUGAGAAGAACUCCCCUUUGUAAAGCUGUUAAUAUGUGAGAUACUGUAAAUAGCCCUGUCGGCCUCGGGGCAGUGCGGGCCGACCUGCUGUUCCAUGAGGUGAGGGGGGGCCUGUGUGUCCAUGCUGUAAAUACCUCUCUCGUCAAAGUGUUGCUUUGUCUCCUGUUCCUGCCCUCCCUCGGUGUAAAUACUCCAGGACUCGCAGCUCUCUGUAGCUUAUCUGUUCCCUUGUAAGUUAUGGAACUGGUGGGACUGCAUGGGAAUUAUUUUUUGGAUCAAUGUCAUAGCCCAUCCCCACACCAGAGUUUUAUAAGAAUUUUGUACAGUCUUUGUGACAAAUAAAUAUGAAGUGAA